AGGUUCCCAGAGGUCCUGGACAAGAACAACAGAGACACAGACCACCAUUUCCAGAUCAAUUCCAAGGUUCAAGAUUCCAAGGCCCUAGACCCCAAGGACAAUUCAACCCAUCAAUGCAAGGCCAACAACAAAGACCUCGCCAACCAGGCUUUGAUCAGUCAAAUCAAAGGCCCACUGGACCCUCGCAUGUACAAGGACGGCAAUCACUGAUGGACAUGCGUCCAGAAAUGCCCCAAGGCCAGCAAGAAUUGGAAAACCAGUCGAUUCAGAGAGGACCAAGAAUGGCAUCUUCUCAGCAAGGCUUGAGACCACAAGGAUUUGAACAGCAAAUACCAAGAGUACCAAGUCCACGAAUGCAAGCAAAUCAGCAGAGUUCAAGGAUGCCACAAGCAACUGACAACCCACCUCGUCAACAAAUGCCAAGAUCACAAGGACCCAGAGCUGUGUUUGAUCAGAGAGGUCCAAGGGCAAGACCACCCAGACCUCUGGGAGGAAGGGGUCUAGGUGAUCAACAGAGGCCAAGGAUGACAGCACCAGGACCACAAGGACUUCGUGACUUUGGCGAACAGCGUCCAAGAAUGAACGCUCCUUUACCUCGUGGAGUUGGACUACAAGGUCCAAGAAUGAGAAAUCCUCAAACACUUCCACAACAACACCCAGGCUCAAGGAUGCUGCCACCUACUUCACAAGAAGCUGCUGGUCCAGCUAAUCAACAACUGCCCAGAAUGAGAGCACCUUCCUCUCAACAACCACGGAAUCCAAAUCAAGCCUCAAGAGCAAUGGCUCCUCGGGCAACAUUGAACCAACAAGCUCCUCAAACACUAGAUCAGCAGCGUUUGCAACGUCCUCAACUGAGACUGUCCAGGCCAAGUCUUCCAGACCAAAAUCAGCAAGUUUCUGAGGCGCAGACCGCUGCAAUAAGACCACAAGAACAGUCUACCCUUCAACCAACCCUGAGGAUACCAAACCAAGCUCAAAAUAAUAGUCAACCACCUAUACAAAAGCAACAAAUAUCUCAACCUACAUUACAGCUACCAUCUGUACCAAAACUACGGCUACCAGCUGUCCCUGGACCAUCACAAACACCAAAUGAAAUAUCAGGAGAUGGAACAAGAAAAAUAUCACCCACAACUGAAGUGGCGGCAACUAACGAAAAACUUCCACCAAAAAGCGAACCUCAAGCUCAAAAUGAAGAAGUUUCAGUGUCUGUUUCUGUUUCUGAAAGUCAGGAUUCAACUAAAACUGAACAAGAAAAGGUUCCAGGUCAAACAAGCAUGCCAGAUGGCAAGAGUGCGCCAUCGACAGCUGCGGAGAAUUCUGGAAACAAAGCUACCGGGCCAGCACCGAUAGCUGACAAAGCUGGUCAUAUUUCCAUGACAGGAUUUAAAGAUAAGAAACAACUGGAGAUUGAAUUACUCAUGAGGCAGCAGGAACAGUUGAAAAAUUUAGAAGCUCUAGGAAAGAUGCAACAGCAACAAAAAGCGAAGACGGAUAAGUCAAAAGUUGAGGCAGCGCCAAAUGCUGAGGUGUCCAAAGUUGAGGUGGCCCUAAAUGUUGAAGUGCCCAAAGUUGAGGGUGAAAAUUUAGGUGUGGUAAGAAACGAGGAAAGGGCGCCUGAAGACAGUCCCACGAUUGGUAUUAAUAAAAACGAGGAACGAAUGUUACCGUGUAGGAAAUUUCCACGAUGUGGUCUUGCUGAAGAUUGUCAGUUCUUUCAUCCGUUGUGUAAAUAUGAUGUGAGAUGCAAGAGAGAAGAGUGUCCAUUUUGGCACACUGUGCCUCUAGAGAAACGUGCUUGCGGAAGGUUUAAAGGCGUGAAUGAAGAAAGACAUUAUGAAGAUAAUUUCAAUGUUCCACAUCACCGACCACACGAGUAUGAAGAGCCUUGGCCAUACGAAGAGGAGAGAGGAAGAUUGCAUCCUGACGACUUAGAAUAUGGAAGACCUCGAUCAGAUGAUCCGUAUUACUCCGACCGUGGGGAUUAUCCUCCUGAUCACUAUAGAGAGGGUUAUCCUGACCAUGGUCUGGGACCACCACGUGUCCUACCACCAGAACGAGACACCCUCGGUCGAGGACCGUACGAUGAACCCCGGGACCGUGUGGUAGACUACCGGCAUAGUGAUCCCAGGCUAGAGGAAGGCUUGUAUCCUCCUCCUAGAGAAUAUGACAGAUACCCAGACGAGGAUCGAUACCCCGAUAGGGGAAGAUACCUCGAUGAUGGACGAUACCCUGAUGAAGUAAGGUAUCAUCCGAGGUACCCGGAUGAUGAUAGAUACCCGGAUGAACGUCGUUACCCGCUCGAUAGAUACCCGGAUGAAGAAAGACGACCAAUCAGAGACAGCUAUGAGGACAAGUUUUACGAACGUGACCGCCUCUAUCGUGACCCUGAUGCUGAGUUUCUAAGAAGACAGAAUGAACGCGAACUAUGGGAACGAGAUUUAGAUAGAAAGAUUGAUCCCUACCUCACUGAACGAGGGUAUCGAGAGGGGUAUAGGAGGGAAGAUCCUUACGACGAUACCUAUCUCCUGCAUGAUCCAGCAUACGAUAGACGACCACCCUACGAUCUUCUAGACGACCUCGAUCGACGACGCGACGUCGGACGAGAUCGCUACAGCGACCCAUACACCGAUGCAAGACCGCGUGACUAUCGACAUCGUGGCGAUCUUGACCCAGCAGAUGCGAUCCUCACUGGACGCGAAGCAUUGCUACAAUCAAAAGCAAUUGAUUACAAACAUGGCUGGCGAGAAGACGAGGAAGAGACAAGAAAACGUCGCCUCCCGGAGAGAUAUGAUAAACGGGACUACCCUCCUGAACCAGCGCCCCCACCUAAACCAAAGACAGAGGUUGUGGCCAUUGGAAAUCUUCUUGAUGCUCCCGGCAGAGACACGAGACCAGAUAGGAUUGUUUUUAUAUUCCGUGGGGUACCAGGAAGCGGUAAAACCCAUAUUGCAAGACUAAUCAAGGACAAAGAAGUGGCAUGUGGAGCGCACGCUCCUCGUAUUCUCAGUCUCGAUGAUUAUUUCUUACAAGAAACAUCGAAAGAGGAGCAAGAUCCAGACACAGGGAAGAAAGUUAAAGUCAAGGCAACAGAAUAUGUGUAUGAGGAAGAAUUAGAGGAAAGCUAUCGAAAAAGUCUGUUCAAAUCUUUUAAUAAAACUUUGGACGACGGUUUCUUUCCUAUGGUUAUUCUGGAUUGUGUCAACGAUAAAGUAGAUCAUUUUGAUCAUUUCUGGAGUAUUGCAAAACAGAAGGGAUUUGAGGUGUAUGUUGCUGAGAUGACAGCGGAUGCUAAUGACUGCGCAAAGAGAAACACUCAUAACAGAUCUCUUGAGGAUAUCAACAAAUUGUUGGAUGCUUGGGAGGAAACACCAACUCAUUAUAUUAGACUAGAUGUGCGGUCUUUACUACAAGACGUUGCCAUAACUGAGGUUGAAAUGGAAGCUGUUGAGGAACCUGGUGAGAAUAAAGACGCGACAGGAGAGGCUGGGGAUGAUCAAGACAGCGAGGAAACUGGGUUUGAAGGAGAGCAGGAAGACUCCCUUUUCAAGAGUCGAUGGAAUGACACUGAUGUCACUGAGAAAACUCUAGACAAACUGGAUGGCAUUCGUCCACGUGGAAGCAAGAGAAAAUCACGCGAAGAGGAUGACCUGGACGAGGAUCCUUAUGACGAGAGAGAGGAGGACAUGAGACUUGGAAAGAAAAGAGUGCGUUGGGCUGAUCUUGAAGAACGUAAACAUUUAGAACAUCGUCGCAAAAUUGGAUUCUGUAUUGGCACUGAUUGGAGCAUACUGACUAAUCCUGAUGCUGAAAUUCCUAAAUAGAACGAACUCGCAUGUAUUGUCAGAGGUAGUGGUUGUUUACAAGUACACAUGCAGAUUGUAUACACAUGGUUGCCGUUCUCUUGUUGUGAAAAGACUCGAUGAAGUUUGAGCAUUUUAG